CGUCGACCCAGCUCAAACCGCCGGCGCAGUCCCAGGAUGAACUAACCCCCUCGGGUACAGUGGACCAUGGUGCCACCCCAGCCGCUAAGAAACAGCUCAAGUGGCAGCAGGUGGGCCCUAGGGUAAGGAAAAAAAGGGAGCCCCGUGAGCGCGAGCCAAGGCCAGACGCAAUAAUCAUUCAACCCCAGGGCGAGCUUAGCUAUAGCGACAUCCUCCGUAUGGUCACCAGGCGCCAGGAUGGCAAGCUUCAGGAGGUAGGGGAUAAUGUUAACAGAAUCCGGAGGACGGCAAAGGGCGAGCUGCUGCUCGAGCUCAACGGCGCGAGCAAAAGCAACACAGCUAAGCUCAAGGAGGAUAUCAGCGCGGCACUGGGACUGCAGACGGGCAUCAGGGCGGUGUCAGAAGAACUCUGCGUGGAGGUCAGGGAUCUCGACAGCCUGGUCGAGAAGGAGGACAUCGCAGCAGCGAUAGCUGCAUCGAUAGACGCCCCCAGCGUGGACACCAGCGCCAUUAAAAGUCUGAGGCCAUCGUUCGCUGGUACGCAACUGGCAGUUGUGUGCCUGCCGCCCGUGCAGGCAAGAGCCCUGCUCAUGGUGGGGAAACUUAAAGUCGGAUGGACAAGCUGUAGGAUCCGGGAGCGGACAGCUCAACGACGAUGCUACAGGUGUCUGGAGUUUGGGCAUCUAGCAAUCAGGUGCAAGAGCGCGGUGGAUCGCACCGGAUGCUGCCUCAGAUGCGGCGUGAACGGGCACAAGGCGGCAACCUGUCAAAGCGAUCCGCGGUGUUUCAUCUGCACCGCUAACAACAGCAAUGAGACGAACCAUUAUGCGGGUAGCAGGAGAUGUCCAGCAGCCAGGAGCGUGCCCAGCUUGCUGGCCCAAUAAUGAAGGUUAUGCAGCUCAACCUCAACCACUGCGCUGCGGCUCAAGACCUGCUGAGCCAAUCCAUAAGAGAAUUGGCAAUUGACCUCGCCAUCCUCAGCGAGCCAUAUCAAACUAGGGAGUCCCCUGGGUUCAUCUUGGAUGCCACCAAAAAGGCCGCGAUAUGGCUAUGCGGGGCCACGCCAUUGCAGCUUUCCCUCUCAAGCGCUGCUGCUGGGUUUGUGCGCGCCAAGGUCGGAGGUACUCUAGACAACCUAGCGGCUGAUGCUAGAGGACGUCACCCAAUAGCCAUUGGAGGGGACUUCAACGCGUGGGCUGAGGAGUGGG